AUGGGUGUAAUAAGAGACACCUCACACAUUAAGCAGUACAUCUGGACCAGUGUACGGUUUUUGACAGGGAGCAUAAUGGUUGAUGUCCUUCACAGCCGGGUACAGGUAGCGAGAAUGGCGGCGCCACCAUUUCCUCAAAACGUCAGCAUUGCUGAAAUCAAACAAGGGAGGGAUUCAGCUACCUCACAAAUGAUCCAGAUCUCUGCUCUUCUGGCUCUGACUCCUGAGCAGAUCCUCAACAACUGCUUUGGCUUUGCCCUCUGGAUUAUCCUACCAUCCUUCAUCUGCUCGGUUCUGAUCUGCUGCCUGUUCUCCAACCUCCAGGACUUCAGCGUCUGGGACUCUCUGGACAACGUCCGCUGCCUCUUGUUGGCAACCUGCUGGCUGGAUCCAACCUCUUCCUCUGGGCUCAGACUGAACUAUAAGGCCAGAAUAGUGACUAACACGUUCCUUAUCAUCUUCCGCCAGAUAGACAUGGUGUUCUCUCCCUGCAGAGAUUCCUGCCUUAGACACCUAGCUGUUCACUGCAAAUCUGUUUUCUUAAUAAACAUUGUUGAGAGAUCUGUCUGUUUUCUUCGAAAACUGGGUGCUCUUGUUCUGAGCCUUGACAAACAGAGGGAGAUCGGACCUCUGUUUAACGUCUUACUUCCUACCACACAGUCCCCGGUAUGUAGCAGGGAAAACUGA